AUUUUUGGCGCUUGAGCAGGUAUAGUUGGGACUUCUUUAAGAAUGCUCAUUCGAGCAGAGUUGGGUCAACCAGGUUCCCUGAUUGGCGAUGAACAAGUAUAUAAUGUUAUUGUGACAGCUCAUGCAUUUAUUAUAAUUUUUUUCAUGGUUAUACCAAUCUUGAUUGGGGGAUUUGGUAACUGGCUAGUACCCAUUAUAUUAGGGGCCCCGGAUAUAGCAUUUCCCCGGUUAAAUAAUUUAAGAUUUUGAAUACUUCCACCAUCCUUGACUCUUCUCUUGGCCAGAUCUAUAGUUGAGAGAGGUGCAGGAACUGGAUGAACAGUUUAUCCCCCUCUAUCCUCAGCCAUUGCCCAUGCCGGACCUUCUGUAGAUUUAGCUAUUUUCUCGCUUCAUUUAGCUGGAGUUUCCUCUAUCUUAGGGGCUGUAAAUUUUAUUACUACUAUCAUUAAUAUACGACCCCAGUCAAUAUCUAUUGACCGUAUACCUCUCUUCGUUUGAGCAGUAGGAAUCACCGCCGUUCUUCUCCUUUUAUCACUUCCAGUCCUAGCGGGGGCUAUUACUAUACUGUUAACUGACCGUAACUUAAAUACUUCUUUCUUCGACCCCGCAGGUGGUGGGGAUCCCAUCCUUUAUCAACAUUUAUUUUGAUUUUUUGGCCAUCCUGAAGUAUAUAUUUUAAUUUUACCUGGAUUCGGGAUAGUGUCCCACAUUAUUAGCCAAGAAAGAGGUAAGAAGGAAGCAUUUGGUACAUUAGGUAUGAUUUAUGCUAUACUUGCAAUUGGUAUUCUUGGUUUUGUUGUCUGGGCUCAUCAUAUAUUUACUGUGGGAAUGGACGUGGACACUCGAGCUUAUUUUACUGCUGCAACUAUGAUUAUUGCAAUUCCUACGGGGAUUAAGAUUUUUAGAUGAAUCGGAACUUUACACGGGACACGACUUACUAUAACUCCAUCUAUGUUGUGGGCCCUAGGAUUUGUAUUUUUGUUUACUGUGGGAGGGCUUACAGGAGUUGUCCUGUCGAACUCUAGAAUUGAUAUUGUUCUCCAUGAUACUUAUUAUGUAGUUGCCCAUUUCCACUAUGUUUUAUCAAUGGGUGCUGUCUUUGCUAUCAUAGCAGGAUUUGUGCAUUGAUUUCCUCUAAUGACCGGAUUAAGAAUGAAUCAGUUUCUUCUUAAGGUACAUUUCUUUAUUAUAUUUUUAGGAGUAAACUUAACUUUUUUCCCUCAACAUUUCUUAGGUCUCGCUGGAAUACCACGUCGUUACGCAGAUUACCCAGAUACAUAUGCUUCAUGAAAUGUAAUUUCUUCAUUAGGGAGAGUUAUAUCUAUAAUUGCUACAUUAAUAUUUAUUUUUUGUAUUUGAGAGGCCAUGAUCGCUAAACGAAUUAAUAUUUUUUCACUUAAUUUAAGAUCAAGUGUGGAAUGGAAUCAUCCCCAUCCGCCUGCCGAUCACUCCUAUGAAGAAAUUACUAUAAUCUCUACAU